AUGGAUGACACCGAGCGACGUACCGCAAAACGCUCUCGGUUUGACCAAACUGAGCCCGAGCCGCGUCGCUCUCGAUUCGAUCGCAGAUCGCGUUCACCACCCCCGAAGAGAUCGGAUCAUGGUCGCGAACGUAGCCCAUUAAGUAAAGAUGGAGACGUUGGUUCAUUGGACUCAAAGAAGAGCCCUGUAGAUCCAGCUGCCGCUGCAGCCGCCGCCGCCGCCAAAAUCAAUGCGCAAAUCCAAGCGAAAAAGGGAAUUCAACACGUGGAUGUACCCCCGAUCAAGUCGGCUUCCUCUGCUUCGCCUGGUCCGAACGCUGCGAGCACGCCUGGUGGUAACGGUCCUGCCAACAUCAAUGGCGAAAUGUACAUUGCCGACGGCGACUAUAUCAAGGAUAUUGAAGUGAACGACUUGCGCAACCGAUACCUACUCACCAAGAGUUCUACACAGAAGAUGAUCAAAGAGGAAACCGGAGCUGGAUUAUGGUUGACUUUGAAAGAUGUCACAACUCGCGGAAAUUAUUACCCCGAUAAAAGCAUGGCGACUCCUUCGAACCCGCCUUUAUACCUUCACAUCACUAGUACCUCGAAAACCGGCCUCGAAUCUGCCGUUAGCAAGAUCGAGGAAUUGAUGAAGCAAGAACUCCCGAACCUAGUUGACGAGCGGCGUUUCAGACGACGAGAUCAAGAACAGGUUGAGCGUGAUGAGUUUGGACGACGUAAAUGGCCGGAGGCGAAGAUACCCAUUGGCCUUGAAGAGCUUCGCGGUUUUAACCUUAGAGCUCAGAUUGUCGGACAUGGUGGUUCUUACGUGAAGCACAUUCAGCAAGAGACUGGAUGCCGUGUCCAAAUCAAGGGACGCGGCUCAGGUUAUCUUGAGGCUUCUACUAACCGUGAAAGUGAUGACGAGAUGUAUCUACACGUUGCUGGACCUGAUCCGAAAAUGGUUGAUAAAGCUAAGGAGCUUUGUGAGGACUUGAUCACCAAUGUGAAGGAGCAGUAUGAAGAAUUCAAGAGCCGGCCACCUCGUCAGCACUACGGUGGUCAUGAGGGAGGCCGUGGCGGUUAUGGAGAGAGAUCCUACGGCGAUAGAUCUUACGGUGGUGAUAGAUACGGUGAUCGACAAGGGAGCGGCUCCGGUUCCUACGGUGGAUAUGGUGGGUAUAGCAAUUCGCCCAAUCCUGCCGCAACUUCCGCGUCCCCUGCCCCGCCUGGUCAGGGUAGUCCCAACGCGAAUAACGAUUAUGCUGCACAGUACGCCCAGUACUACGGCAAUCAGGAUCCAUACGCCGCUUACGGCGGUUACGCGGCAUACAUGCAGUACUACCAACAGUAUUACGCUGCUGCGCAAGCGGCCCAGCAAGGAUCACCAACGCCGCCCGUACCGGGUGCCGCGGCUUCACCUCCCCCUCCCCCGCCUAGUGAGGCACCUCCGCCGCCUCCUCCUGGCGGUUCUGCACCACCUCCACCUCCCCCCCCGCCGGGAGCGGGAGGUUAUGGAGCCGUUCCCCCUCCUCCUGGUCUAUGA